AUGUUCAGCCGAAUUCGAAACCAACGAAAUUCAAAACAGAGCCCUGGCUUCCAUCAUCAUACCAGGGGGGAUUUAGAGACUGCAUCUCCCCUCUGUGAUUUGGACCCAAUUGGCUCUUCUAGUCUUCCAUCUGCGUCUCAACCUCGAUUCGACGCAGACUCGGCGCCUUUCGCGGGCGAGGACUUUCUCCCUCAGCAAGGAGCUGAGUAUCCAUCAUACCAAACCGCGACUCGAGGCAGUAGGGCCAAUCGAAAAGGCUCACUGGGCUCAGCCACGAGCGCUCUUCCUCGAAGAGUAGGCGCCAUUGACAACAACGUCAUGGCAAGCACCGCGGAUAGAAGCCGCUUACGGCGCGAGAGGACGUUUGUCGGAAGUGAAUGUGCUGUUUGCGAAGAGCCCCUUGAACACACCCUCCAAGGCGAGCGUAUAUUACAGUUUUCUUGCUCCCAUGUUUCCCAUGAAGCAUGCUUUUACGAAUAUAUACGCGAGCUCGAAGGGCAAUAUUGCCCGACUUGCGAAGCCCCGCUGCAUCUCGACACCAGCCGAGGCGGCAAUGUUGUCGACAUCAACAAAAUCAGUAACCUUGUACGAACCGCGGGAGGCGAUAUGCCGUCCACUUCUACACCAAAUCCCGCUUGGGAUAGCCAAACAGUACGACCGCCGAGCGUUGACAGCUAUCAGAGGAAAUCCCAUUCUCAGCCGCCGAGCAGCCUUGGGCGAGAAAGCGGAACACGAGGAAGCAACCGCGACACCCGAGAGCCAGCAAUGGAUGAUCGAUACAGCUCUUCCAGACAUGCCCGAAGCGACAGCGAAGCUACUGGGGUUGCUUCGUCUGGCGGGUAUCCCGAGACAACGCAGAGCACGCCUUGGCGGCAUGAUUACGAUGUGCAGGCCAUGGAAACGACCCCGGGCAGUCCGCGCACUAUUUCCCGAAAUCCAAUUCCUCCUCCAAUCGUAACGGUUCGAUCGGAGUUUCCCACCAUCAGUCGCUCUCGACAGCAGCAGACCCUUACCUGCUUGGUCACGGUGGAGGCUGCUGACAACAAAUGGAAGCCUGAUCCGGAGGACAUCAGUUCGUCGCCGCAUCAAGCACUACAAGCUGGUUCCAAGAUUGACGAAAUUGUGACACAAGCGGUGACACCUACGCCAAGCGCUCCGAGGUUCAUUCCUUACGAACACCCUGAGGUUCUGGAGGAGAUGACGGAAAAUUUACGAAGUCGGGUGGAAAACUGGCACGGGCUGGAUUUCAGCAGAUUCGGCCAGCUGAGGUUGUAUGGCACUUUGCGAGUCGGCAAAGACAAGAUUUCGUGGCAGGAACUCGAGUGCUACUUGUUCGCCGAGAUGCUUAUCUGCGUCAAGGAGAAGAAGCUACCUGCACAGGCCGUUGCGCUGUGGGAUGAUGGCGCUGCCCCGAGGAAGGCGACGCGCUGCACACUCAAAGGCAGCAUCCUUAUCAAGAAGCAUCUGGACGAAGUGUCAGAGACGGGGACUAUCGAUGAGAAUGUCUUGACUCUUAGUCUCUCUGUUGCGGAGCUGCCACAAUUCCACCUGCGAUUCGAUAAUCGAAACCAGCUCAAGCUGUGGAAUCAGGCGCUUUUGGAUCUCCACGUAGUCGGGAAUUCCCCUGUCAGAAGCCCCGACUUCGAUCGCGGGGAAAUGUCUGAAACCGACGAAGAAGCGGAGUGGCAACGGUCUCGGCCACAGAGAGUCUCUUCCACCACCUCUUCAUGGGGACCGAAAUCCGUCACGACGGCACCUACCGAGUACACCAACUUUGCAGUCAAGACCUCUAGCCACCCGCGUUCUUUGAUACAUGUCCCCAUUGAUGUGGUGGUUGUCGUUCCGAUAUCCUCAUCUAUGCAGGGUGUCAAGAUCAACCUUGUUCGUGACGCGUUGAAAUUCAUGGUGAAUGCCCUCGCCGAGCGUGACCGCAUGGGGCUCGUCACUUUCGGGUCUGGGGGAGGUGGCGUGCCCAUUGUUGGCAUGACCACGAAGGCGUGGCCGGGCUGGACCAACAUCCUCUCGUCAAUCAAGCCGGUUGGUCAGAAGAGUCAUCGUGCUGAUGUCGUCGAGGGAGCAAACGUGGCCAUGGAUCUUCUCAUGCAGCGCAAGCACAAUAACCCCAUUGCGACGAUUAUGCUCAUCAGUGAUGCGUCAACGGCCGAUGCCGAUUCAGUCGAUUUUGUAGUGUCUCGAGCAGAGGCUGCCAAAAUCACCAUUCACUCGUUUGGAUUAGGCAUGACUCACAAACCCGAUACCAUGAUUGAAUUGUCCACCAAGACAAAGGCAUCCUACACCUAUGUGAAGGAUUGGAUGAUGCUUCGAGAAUGCCUCGCUGGCUGCCUGGGGUCGAUGCAGUCUCUGUCUCAUCAAAAUGUCAAGCUGAAACUCAAACUUCCAGAAGGCUCACCUGCCAAAUUCCACAAGAUCAGCGGAGCUCUGCAGAUGACCAAGAGAGCCAGUGGCCGCGACGCAGAGGCCUCUCUGGGCGACCUCAGAUUUGGCGACAAGCGAGAUAUUCUCGUUCAACUUGUCAUCACGUCAGACAGUACCUCCCAGGAGCAACUCCCACAAGACCCGUGGGAUAACAUCAUUUCCGGACUCGAGGCCCUCGGUGGCUCGGUAGAGAACGAUGCUGAGCGAACAUCAUCCGUCGAAGAGGUACCGUUGGUUCAGGCCGACUUGAGCUGGGGCGACAUUCUCCGUGAGGGCACCCUUCAACACAUGCCACGGCCAUCGCUCCUGGCAAUCACCAUGUUGCCUCCAAGCGCCAGCCAGAAGAAGGCCUGGCACAACUCCCCGCCGAUUCCACCGCAUCCUAGCAUCGUGCAGCGCCGCAUGGAGCUGUUGACGUCGGACAUGCUUACACGGGCACUGACCCUGGUAAGCCGAGGCCAGCACGACCGCGCGCACACCUUGCUGAGCGAAACGAGGUCUAUUCUCAAGGGCUUAGGUAAAGGCGGACUGCCUCCGGUGCCGCCUCCAGGGAACAACAACAAAUCUGCUUCACCAACAAGGCAUCCCGGCAGCGACUCGCCGCCCAAGCCAGCAGGAACCCCUGAUCGGAAGCGCAGCCCCUCUCCCCCUUCGGCCACUUCCUCUGGCGCAAAUGGCUAUCCUGCAGCUCAGCUUGCCCGAAGUCGCUCGACCGACGGUAUCGGACUCGGCAGCGGCAUAGACGCAGGCACGGUGGCUGCCCUAGACGCUGAACUGGAGAGCAGUCUGGAGUGGAUCAACCACCCAGCGGUCUUUGGACGAGACAGUCGCAAGGCUGUUUUGCAGGCCAUUGGAGUCAUCAGCUCGCAGCGUGCCUUCACCUUUCGAACCCCGAUCGAGACGCUCUGGUCUGGCCGCGUGAGUGGCAUCAAGCGCCUCGCUGAUAAAAGCAGAGAGUGGCGAGAGGAAGGCGGAGGCGAAGGUGGCAUCAUGGAGGAGGCAUAG